AUGGUCUGGGGAACACCUUGGAACGCCGAUUGCAACCAGACCAACGAUGCUCUCAAGGACAGCACUAGCUGGAGCAAGACGACUAAGAUUGCGGGCAUAGUAGGCCUUACCGGUGCUGUGACGGUCGGCUGGCCGCUUGCCCUCGGGGCCGCUGGAUGGGGCGCUGAAGGAGUUAGUGCAGGAUCCCUCGCCGCGGGUAUGCAAGGUUCGAAUGUCGUUGCCGGAUCUGCCUUCGCGUUUGCGCAGAGUGCCGGGGCUGGAGGAGCUGCUGCUGGCAUCCUCAACGGGAUCACCUGGGGCGCUGGAGGUAUGGUGGCUGUGCGUGAGGCGUUUAGAGGCAGCAAUGCGGAGGACAAUGCCAACGAGGGCGGCAAGGUGCAUGGCAAUGGUGAGGAGAAGGAAGGCUAG